AUGGCCAUCGCAGAGCUAUCUGAAAAGCCCACCUUGGUCUUCAUCCCCGGCGCCUGGCAUACUGCCGCCGUCUUCGAAAAUGUCAUCGGCCUGCUCAAGGGUCUGGGCUACCCGUGCAUAGGGCUGCAUCUGCCGUCAGUCGGAGGCAAGCUCACGACGACCAUGACCGACGAUACUGCCCAUAUCCAGAAAACUGUGGCACCGCUGGUCGAAGAGGGAAAGGACGUGGUCUUGAUCACACACUCGUACAGCGGUAUCCCCGGCACUGAGAGUGUCAAAGGCCUGGCAAAGAAAGACAGACAAGCCGCCGGCCAGAAGGGAGGAGUCAUAUCCUUGGUGUAUAUCUCUGCGUUCCUGAUCCUGCCAGGACAGUCUCUGGCCUCGUUCCUGGGAUACAUGCCCGAUUGGAUCACCUUCGAUGGCGACCGCAUGACAGUAGAGAACCCCGGACCUGUGUUCUACAACGACGUUCCACCCGAAACGGCCCAGAAAUUCGGUUCCCUCCUUCAACACCACGCGUGGCCCACCUUCACCACGCCGCUGUCAUAUGCGGCCUACCGGGACGUGCCCUCGACCUAUCUGAUCUGUGAGCAGGACGCUGCGAUCCCUCUGCCGGGACAGCAGGCGAUGGUGGCUUUUGGAGGCGAGAACCUGACGAGAGUUCUUAAGGGCGUCUCUCCUAGCAUUCACUCUUCUCAUACUCCUGAGUAUGGAACCAAUGCCGAGCUGUGUACUGACUCGUUAGCCAGAGACUACGACGACAAGACCCUUCAUGCGGUCCAAGCGGUCUCAAGAGAGUGGAGGUCUUGCCUGAUACUCAAUAAUGUGCUGGCCCCGAUUCUCGCACCCUCGUGCUCUGGACCCAGCGAUCAGAGUCCGUGUCCAGCCUCGUGCGGAGAAGUGGACAGUCACUAUCUCCGCAUCGAUAUCAAGACGCCCGUCUCUGCAGGCCAGAAAAACGAACUCAUCCAACUUCCGCUGCCGUUGACUCUGAUCAACACCAUGGCAGCCCCCCCUCCCCCCGGUCUCAACAUUUACGAGGACAUCAGCCAGUCAGUCAUCAACCAGGUCGUGGCGCUGAUGGUGCUGUCUUCGUCAGCAGUGGCACUCCGCAUCACGUCUCGAGUGACGGCAAAGCUAACGUUGCAAUGGGAUGAUUAUCUGGCCAUGCUGGCGCUGGUGAGCAGCCAUCCUCCUCCUCUAUCUCUGCAGGGCAAGUUCAGUUCUGACACCAGCAGGUCUUCGCAUGUGGGACGGGAGCACUCACUAUCAUCGUCAGCUUGCCAUCACGGCCUCGGCAAACAUAUCUGGAAUCCCGCUGUCAAUCUGGAACAGAUCAUGAAGAUCCUCUGGGCAUACGAAUUCUUCUACGGCGCCGUCAUCCCCACGACCAAGAUGUCGCUCAUCAUGUUCUACCACCGCGUCUUCCCCGUCCGGCCGGUGACCAUCGCGCUGCGAUUCUGCGCCUCUCUCGUGCUCGGCUGGUUGGUCGCCAUCUACAUCGUCGUCAUCGUCCAGUGCCAACCGUACACCUACUUCUGGGAGCAAUACGUCAAUCCGGCGGCCAAGGGGAAAUGCGUCAAUUUCUACGCCUUCUACGUCAGCAAUGCCUCGCUCAGCGUGCUGACCGACUUUAUGAUCUUGCUCAUUCCGAUUCCGAUGGUCAUGCGUCUGCGGAUGCCGUUGUCGCAGAGGCUGGUUGUGUGUGGCAUCUUCGCGCUGGGUGGUUUCGUCUGCAUCGCCGGCGUCCUCCGCAUCCACUUCCUCACCCUGAUGUUCAAAUCCGAAGACCUGACCUGGAACAUAUCCGACUCGUUCGUCUGGUCGUGCGUCGAGCCCUGCAUCGGCAUUGUCUGCGCCUGUCUGCCGACGCUGCGCCCGCUUCUGCGCCGCGUCUUCGGCCAUCUCUUCUGGAGCACCAGCAAGCGGUCACAGACGCCCAACAACAGCAAUUCCGCCGGCUUCAAGUCAUCGCAGAACGGCCGCGCGUUCUUCCGCCUGCCCGACGGCAGCAACCGGAAUGCCUCGACGGCACCUGAGGACGAGGUCGGGCUGACGAACAAUGUCGAGGGCGCCAAGUAUGACGACGCGAAGAUCCCGAUGAAUUCUAUCUCUGUGCGGAGGGAUAUCGAGUGGUCGGAGGCGUAG